AUGCAGAGCCAAGCACACCAAGCCGGUCCCGUGCUCGAAACCAGCGCUCUCCACGUGCAGCCGCUGCGCAAGACGUCGGCGCUUCGGGCGAGUGGAGGUGGGAGCGGCCAUGGAUCACAUCCCGACAACGGAGCCGCAUCGGUGCGUUCCUCUCUCUCGCCUUCCGAUUGUACGAGUACAGUGCAAUGCACGAUCAAUGCCAUCACGGCCAUGCUGGGCUACUCAGCAUCAAGCGCUCAGCUGGCCCAACCUGACGAGCUGUCAAGAGCGCACAUCAAAGGGACCCGAGCCUACGAAUUUCGAAUUUCGACCAAUCUCACAUUUUGCUUUUACUUUUCCGGCGGUGUUGGUCUCUUCGCGCUCGAUGCUCUGCUGCGCGGCUCACGCGUCGCGCAGAGUGGACCUCAAAAUUCCGCCUGCUCGCCCGCUCACUCACGCCGCUCAGCUGCUGCGCCAGAACGCCAGACCCUGGCCAAACCGUCAACUGCUGUGCUCAGCCGGCCUCUCCUUCGUCCGUGCCCCACUUCGGCUCCUUUCCGUCACGGCCUCAACGACUAG